GAGAUUUCUUAUCUGGUGUCCUCCAUGCCUCUCGUUCAUGGCCAAUUCGUUUUUGAGCCAAUGCAAUUGCGCCCUUUCCCCUCUUAGAUUCGAUCUCCCUUCAACCAACAUGCAUUCUCCUUCCUAAUCUAUCGACGUUUUUGGACUCACCUUGCUGAAAUCAAUCCAAAUCGGACAUCCAAAUACGAAUUGUCUGAUUCUGCAGGUAAUGUGUUCGAUGGAAGGUCUCAAUGACUCAAUUAACGACGAUAAAUCCUUUUGUUGCCUGGUUUUUUAUUCCUGAUUCUUGAAUGCCUAUCUGGCGCCAUAACGUGACUCAUUCGUAAAUCUAUACGUUGUUAGAUCGUGUUAUAAGAUGAUUUACGUUGAUUUGGAAUGCUGUUUAAUGGGUUUGGUUUUUAGAUCGUGGCUAUUGUAGAUUUGAUUGGUUUCUUAUUGGUGGUGUUUUGGGUGAUUGAUUUUGUCGGGGAAGGAAGUUGAGAGGGCAUUUUGAUUUAAUUCUUUCCUGGGUUUGCAAAAUUUUGUGAACUUUGGGAAGAAGCAGAUGUCUAGAUCUGCGGAACUUCGUGUUUCUGAUCAAUGGCUUCAGAGCCAGUUCUCACAAGCUCAACUUCGUAGCCUAAAAUCCAAGUAUAUACAAUUAAAGAAUCAAAAUGGUCAAGUUACUGCUGGUGACUUGCCACCCUUGCUUGUGAAGUUGAAGCCCUUCAAUGUGAUCUUCAAGGAGGAGGAAAUUAGGGACAUAUUGUGUGACCGUGGUACUGAUGAGGAAAAUAGACUCGAUUUCGAAAGCUUCCUUAGGGCUUACGUGAAUUUACAAACACAAGCUGCAAAGAAAUUGGGUAAUUCAAAGAGCGCAGCUUCUUUUCUUAAAGCAUCAACAGUUCACACUGUACAUGAUUCCGAGAAAGAAGUUUAUGUGGCUCAUAUCAAUAGCUAUCUUAGAGAUGAUCCAUUUAUGAAGCAGUUUCUUCCUAUUGAUCCAUCCAGCAAUGCUUUGUUUGAGCUUGUUAAAGAUGGAGUUCUUCUAUGUAAACUUAUCAAUGUCGCUGUGCCCAAUACAAUAGAUGAUCGAGCUAUUAACACCAAACGAGAACUCAACCUUUGGGAAAGAAACGAAAAUCAUACGCUUUGCCUCAACUCUGCCAAGGCUAUAGGUUGCACGGUAGUCAAUGUUGGCUGCCAGGAUCUAGCCGAAGGAAGAAUACAACUCCUGGCAGAUCUCAACCUUAGAAAGACACCUCAGCUUCUUGAAUUGGUGGAGGACGAUGAGGAUGUUGAGGAGCUCAUUGCAUUAUCACCUGAAAAAGUCUUGUUGAAAUGGAUGAAUUUUCAUCUUAAGAAAGCAGGCUACACAAAAACUGUGACAAAUUUCUCAACGGAUUUAAAGGAUGGAGAAGCUUAUGCUUACCUGCUUAAUGUUCUUGCACCAGAACACUGCAACCCGGCCACAUUGGAUACGAAUGAUCCUAUUGAACGAGCCAGAUUGGUACUUGAGCAUGCUGAGAGAAUGAAAGCCAAAAGAUACUUGACUCCAAAGGAUAUAGUUGAUGGAUCAACAAAUUUAAAUCUUGCAUUUGUUGCACAGCUAUUCCACCACAGGAAUGGUCUAUCUAAUGAUAACAACAAGGUCUCUUAUGCUGAGAUGAUGAAAGAUGACGAACAAGUGUCUAGGGAAGAGAGAUGCUUCAGGCUCUGGAUCAACAGUCUUGGAAUUUCUUCGUACGUUAACAACGUAUUCGAGGAUCUCAGAAAUGGCUGGAUUCUUUUGGAAGUUCUAGAUAAGAUUUCUCCUGGAUCAGUUAAUUGGAGGCACACAACUAAACCUCCUAUCAAGAUGCCAUUUAGAAAAGUUGAGAAUUGUAAUCAAGCUGUUAGGAUAGGGAAGAUGUUAAGAUUCUCCCUCGUGAAUGUAGCGGGAAAUGAUAUCGUACAAGGGAACAAAAAGCUCAUACUUGCUUUCCUAUGGCAGUUGAUGAGGUAUAAUAUGCUUCAACUUUUGAAGCACUUGAGGUCUCGCUCCCAAGAGAUAACAGAUGGUUAUAUUUUGAAGUGGGCGAAUAGAAAAGUAAAAAGCACGGGCAAAACUUCUGAAAUGGAGAGUUUUAAGGAUAAAAGCCUUUCAAAUGGGAUAUUCUUCCUUGAGCUUCUCACUGCAGUGGAACCCAGAGUCGUCAAUUGGAACCUUGUAACCAGGGGUCAAACUGACGAGGAGAAGAAGUUGAAUGCAACUUACAUCAUAAGUGUUGCACGAAAGCUUGGAUGUUGCAUCUUCUUGUUGCCCGAAGACAUCAUGGAGGUGAACCAAAAGAUGAUGCUUAUGUUGACAGCCAGUAUUAUGUACUUUUACCUUCAACAAUUUGACGACGAAGCCGAAUCGGCUGCAUCAUCCGUUGCAGUGACACCGGAUGCAUCCCCGGCCCCUUCUGUUAAUGGCGACGAUGAGAAUUAUAUGGGUACGGAAUUCUUCAACAUGUCCAUGGAUGAUGCAGCCUCUGAUACUACCACUUGUUCUUCAGUGACUCUUGAAGACACUACUUCGCUAUAAAUCUUGAUGGUUUUCUUGCAAAAGGUUUUAUAUACAUACAUAUAUACAUACAUGAAAGAGGAAAAUAAAUAGCCUCAAUUGGUAGAUUUGCUGAAGAUUAGUCAAAUAUGGGAAUCGUAAAAUGGUGAAGUCAAUUCUUUGU